AUGAACGAAAGGCGCCUGAAGGAUGUCGUUGAUGGUGCAUUGAUGCACACCGUGUUGAGUGACAACGGGCUCUCGUUGGAGAGGAUCAGGGGUUGCGACUGGCACGGGGUCGAAGAAGUCAUCGAAGACCUGCGGCGAUUGGGCUUCCGAGAGCCCGGCGACUUUGAGGCCUUGUUUGAGAAGAAGGACGAGCUGCUUGGGCAUAUGAAGCACUUCUCGAUUGAGAACGCCCUUGAAGUUGAGCUCAGUGACCAGCUCGAGAACCACCUGAGGCCUUUCAUGAGCUGCGCCUGUCUCGUUGCUGAGAUGCAGCUGAAUGUCCUCGAGAAGGCCUUUGCCAACGUCGCCGACGAGGGGGUUGCAUACCGGCUGGUCGGGUUCUUCGAUGACUGGAAGGAGUGCCUGUUGGAGUGCAAUCACACCUUCCAGGAGAUCGGCCUGGAGAGCACCUAUCAGCACGGGGAGAGGGCGAUGAUGGAGGAUUUUUACCAGCGGGAUCUCUUCUGCUUUACGCUCAUGCAGGCAACCCAACCCCCACGAUCUGCCGUCUUUUUUGUUUUUUUGACCGUUCGCCCCAUGCAGGACAAGGUCUAUGCCAUCGUCUCCGAGGCCCUGUCCCCCUUCAUCGUCUCGAGACCCCUGUACAGGGGAUACGAGGAGCAGGGGUACGAGUACACCGUUCUGAUGAGGCCGCCUGGCGAGUUGCCCGGAGCCUCGGCCGAGCUGUUCGGGCAGGUGUACAGGGACGCGAAGCGGCGCGUCGAGGAGGCGAAGGAGUCCAUCUGCCAGCGCGUAUCGAUGCUGGACCAUCCGCGGGAUGAGCUGGUCACCAGGUUUGAGUGCGACAUCCUGUUCCAACUUGACAUUGGGCUCCCUCUGCCCCUGGGGCAUGAUCCCGGCCUCGCUGUGAACGGCCUGGGUGUGGAGACUGUGAUCGACAGGGAUGAGGGCCCUGCGAGUAUAAGCCUCGGCGCCGGCCUCUACCUCACCCAGUCCUUCUAUGUUCCCCCGAGAUACACCCGAUACAUCCAGCCGCUCGCCUUGGCGGCGGGGGGGGCGUACAAGAGCCAGCCCACGGGGGACAGCGGGCAGCUGCUCAUGCGCAAGGGCUCUGAGAAGUUGAAGGAACACAGGGAGCUCACCCAGAGGAACGAGGCCCUGCUUGAGAGGCACCAGCAGCUCCUCGAGAGGAACCAGCAACCCCUCGCCGAGAACGAGUCCCUGAAAUCGCAUCAAGAGGAUUACGUCGCACUGCAGCGUGAACACGAAACCCUCCAAGAAAGGCUCUCCUCAAUACAAUCAGGUUACGACAGGCUCAUCCUCGACGACGACAAGCUCAAGAGCAAGGACUCGCAUAUCAAGGGCGAGAACACUCACCUCAUCGCCAAGAACAGAUCCAUGAAGGAACAAAAUCGCCGACUCAGGGAUGAAAUCGUCUCCUGCAAGAGGCUCAAUCAAACGCUCAGGAAGACCAUCGCCACCCUUGAAGAACAAAUCUCCGAGCUCGAAUCCAUCCAGAGACGGAGAAGAAGGACGGCAUGA